AUGCUGAUACCCAUCGUGGGAAAGAAAUCUAUCAUUCUCACAAAUGAUGAAACAUGGAAGCAUGGUCGCAAGAAAUUCAAUGCCGCCUUUGCCCCCAGCAACCUGGUAACCUUCAUGCCAAAGAUACUUGACAAAACCAUGGAGUUCCUUGCUUUGCUGGAUGGAUAUGUGGAAUCAGGGGAAAAGUUUUGCUUGGCGGAACCAUGUAUCCAGGUUACUUUUGAUAUAAUUGGUCUCGCGGUUCUCAACAUCGAUUUCAAGAGCAUGCAAGGCCAGGAUAAAGUGAGCGUUAUUGUUCGAGCCUUCCGCCACUACCGCCGCAUUGCGCUAGUGAAAACACUCACGGCCUCCCUCACGCCCAUCGUAAAGGAGAAAUUUGAUAUGGCGCACAACAACAUACGGCUCGACAAUAAAGUUGUCGAUCGCAGCGUCAUGGCCAUGGGGUUGAGGCAACUGUCGUACUGCAAUGGUCAAUCUAUGAACUCUCUCGGACGCCACGCGCUCUCGCGGCGAUGCGCAAGGAGCUAG